AUGGAAGAAGUGAAACGAGAAUCACUUACUUUCUUAACAAUCUUCAGUGCGAUUGCUGGAAUCAUGGGUUUCGCAAUGCUCAUGGUCGGAGUUUGGGCAAGUAUUUCGCAUGCGAGUUGGAAAUGGUUUUGGUUGAUAGGGGGCCUGGUUUUAUAUGUCUUUCACUUGAUCGAAGCCACUUGCUUUGACAAGACAUCCAAGUAUCUGUCUUGGAUCCUGACGGAAAAAGCCUUCCAGCAGCACAUUUCAACCUUACAACGGGCCGAGCCACAAAUCAAGUGGGCUAUUCAGAAUUGGCAUUACGAGGAGAAGAAGACCAAAGACAAGAAUGGCAAGGAACGCACUGAGCGAAAACGUGUGAACACGCAUUACGCUGAAAGCUUCUAUGAUAUCCAGGGCUUCCUUGAUGAGACUUUGUCGCCCUUACAGAUGUUGGCGAUGUUUCACUUACUCUAUGAUGCCCAGGAUGAGCACGAAAGCCUUCUGAGCCCUCAACGGUCACCCCGUUGGUCAAAACCAAGCAGGUCGUUGUUCUUACUCUGCGAGAUGCCGCUGGAUUAUCGCCCAGUGGACCAGGAAGAAGAGCUCCGCAUGAAACGCCUGCAAGAGGAGUUUUAUCGAAAGAAUACCUGUGAUACAAAUCAGGAGAAGAGCGAGGUGAAUCUCAUUCGCUGCGACUACCAAAGUCAUGUGAUGGUGAUUCUAAAGGAAGGCACAGACAACAGUGAUGAGAGGCCAUGGUGGAUGCAUUUUAGGGUCUAUGUGCUUGCGACCUUCUUCCUCUUGAGCUUGCCAUACAGGUGCAUCUUCUUCCGCGAAUGCCAGAAGAUCACUUGGGAGGUGCUGAAGCACAUCUCCCACCGCCCGAUCACCCUGUGGACUGCCCCACCUCAACAUCGACGAGCCCUUCGGAGGGAUUUCGCCUCGCAAGCGUAUCGGGCCGUGCGAGCUGAGCUUGACGAAGGGGGAGCUGGAGCAUCCACACCGGGUCUCGCGAGCACCGGGGCAUUCGCAGGUCCCACGUCGCUCACUGUGGAGAGGGUGGAGACGGAGGCCGAUGUGGCUUCAGGUGUGCCCUGGUAUUGGAAGAAUCGAGAUUUGAGCCAGGGAUUUGAUGAGAAGAUCAACUUAUCACCUGGUGACUGCCAAAAAGUGCAAGAGCUCCUGGACCAGACCUUUCAGCACAAAGGCACUCGAGAUCGAAAAGAUCGUCUACCUUCAAGACUGCUGGUGUCGCAGGUGAUCCGGAUGGAACACAGCAGACUCUGGCAACGUUUCGAGAGGAAGAAAAAAGACCUGGCCGCUCGUGUGGGGCGUCCGCCGCUGAUCAGCGAGCUCCCGGGCAGUGGUGCCGUGAAGACGGCGUUGGAGCUGCCGGCUUUCGCGGCGGGACCGGAGCUGCCGGCGUUUUUGAAGGAGAUCACUCGGGAGCUGAAUGAAGCCUUUCUAUUCCAUGGUUCCUCUCCCGGUGGGGCUCUGGGCAUUGGCGAAAAUGGUUUCGACAUCAGUCGUGCUGGUUCAAGCACGGGCUCCAUGUUUGGCGCUGGUGCAUACUUGGCUGAAGCAUCCAGCAAAAGUGAUGAGUAUGCCACGGAAGAUCCCAGCGGUUUGUUUGGGGGAAAGCUGGCCCUUUUGCUUUGUCGCACGCUCUUGGGCAACGUCUUCUAUAUCACGGAGUCAAACCUUCGCAGAAUCCAAGAAGCUUUGGAGACACACAGCUUUGAUAGCAUCCUGGGGGAUCGAGAAGCGGCCAUUGGCACCUAUCGAGAAUUCGUGGUUUGGGAUGAGGCACAGAUCUAUCCCGAGUACGUGGUGAUUUACCAGCGACACUUUGAGUGA